CACAGAUAAUCUAAGAAUGGAGCCAAAAAAGAAAGUUGCAUGCUGUGGCUAUCCAAUCAGCAUCUUCUUCAUUGUGGUCAACGAGUUCUGCGAGCGUUUCUCCUACUAUGGAAUGCGAGCUGUCCUGGUGCUCUACUUUAGGUUCUUCCUGAAAUGGGAUGAUGACUUGGCCACCAACAUCUACCACACCUUUGUGGCGCUCUGCUACCUGACCCCCAUCCUUGGUGCCAUCGUGGCUGACUCCUGGCUUGGCAAGUUCAAGACCAUUAUCUACCUGUCCAUCGUUUACACUGCUGGUCAGGUUGUCAUGGCGGUAAGCGCUAUUCAUGACAUCACCGACCACGACAGGGACGGAGUUCCGGACAAUAUGACCUUCCAUGUGGCCAUGUCUAUGGUUGGCCUGUUCCUCAUCGCCAUGGGAACUGGGGGCAUCAAGCCCUGUGUGGCUGCCUUUGGAGGGGACCAGUUUGAAGAUCACCAGGAGAAACAGAGGAGCACCUUCUUCUCUAUCUUCUACCUGUCAAUCAACGCUGGCAGUCUCCUGUCCACCGUCAUCACUCCCAUCCUCAGAGCCCAGGAGUGUGGUAUCCAUACCCAGCAGAAGUGCUACCCCCUGGCCUUUGGCGUCCCUGCAGCCCUCAUGGUUGUGGCUCUGGUGGUGUUCAUUUUGGGUAGUGGCAUGUAUACCAAGGUGGCUCCCAAAGGAAAUAUCAUUUUGGAGGUCUGCAGGUGCAUCGGGUUUUCCAUUAAGAAUCGCUUCAGGCAUCGCAGCAGUCAGUACCCAAAGAGAGAGCACUGGAUGGACUGGGCCAAUGAGAAAUAUGAUAAACUGUUGAUUGCCCAGGUAAAGAUGCUCCUGAAGGUCCUCUUCCUUUACAUCCCUCUGCCCAUGUUCUGGGCUCUGUUUGACCAGCAGGGCUCCAGGUGGACCCUUCAGGCCACCACCAUGGACGGCAACUUUGGAGCCCUCAUAAUACAGCCAGACCAAAUGCAGACAGUGAACCCCAUCCUGAUUCUGGUGCUGGUCCCUGUUGUGGACAGCUUGUUGUACCCCCUGAUUGCAAAGUGCAAGCUGAACUUCACGCCCCUGAAGAGGAUGACUGUGGGCAUGUUUUUGGCUGCUAUGGCUUUUGUGGCUGCUGCCCUGGUCCAGCUUCAGAUCGAUCAAACCCUUCCAACAUUCCCAACAGGUGUGGCUGGGCAGAUUAAAUUCCUGAAUUUAAACACUAAUGAGGUGAUAUUAAAUAUUGAUGGAGGACGAGAUACCCCUGUCCAACCUUUCAAGUCCUCAGGGGACUACCUGACAUUUGACAAACAAUUCAUAGUGGCUCUCAACAAAGGCCAGGCCUAUGCUAUAACUCUGAAGUCUCUGGCAAGGCAAACAGCUCUUAUCACUCCAGCAGGCCUUAACUUGAACCUGACAAUUGUUGAAGACAGUAUCACGAAACCAGAGCAAGGCAACAAUGAUAUCAGAUUUAUCAAUGCUCACCCCGAUGAUUUGAAUAUUACCACUGGUUCACUGGACUUUGGGGCCAUAUCACAGUUCACGAGCUCAAGCUAUAAGCUGGUACCCCAGGGGAAUCCUAUAUUCCUCAUCAGGAACGCAGCUUUGCAAGAAUGUGAAUACACCAGGCCCCUAGGCUAUGGCAGCUCUCUCUCCCUGGUCAUCCCCACCUCCUUCACCUUUGGUCCUGAUUGUGGGAACAGCAUCCAGGCAGUGGAGGACAUCCUGCCCAACACCAUCCACAUGGCCUGGCAGAUACCCCAAUACUUCCUCAUGACCGCAGGAGAGGUCAUCUUCUCUGUCACUGGUCUGGAGUUCUCCUAUUCACAGGCACCUAGCAACAUGAAGUCUGUGCUUCAGGCUGGCUGGUUGUUAACUGUAGCAGUGGGCAACAUCAUUGUUCUGAUUGUAGCUGAGUUGGCCCAGCUUCCAGAUCAGUGGGCCGAAUACAUUCUAUUUGCCUCCCUGCUGGUGGCUGUGUGCAUUGUCUUUGGCAUCAUGGCGUACUUUUACACCUAUGUGGACCCGACUGAGAUCGAGGCCCAGUUUGCUGAAAUAGAGCCAGAGGAGAAAAAGAAGAAGAACAGCGUGGAGCUGCAGAAGAGAGACUCUGUGGAGAAACGCCAUGAGGAGAGGAAGGCUUCAAGUUCUUCAUCAAGCUCAGAGGAGGAAGCAAGCAAGCAGUCCAAGAUGUAGAGCAACAACCACAUAUUCCCUCAUCACACGACCCCCGACCCCCCCCCCCCCCCCCCUUCUUGCUACGUAUUUAUAUUGUGAGAGUAUGAGUGCAUUGGCACACAUCCUGGCAUGGAGUCGUUUGAGGUUCAUGAGUGAAAUGAGAGCAUCAUUGAGUUGGAGGGGCACGGGUUUGAUAUUGCUUCUUUAAAGUAUUUUUGGACAUCAAGUAAAUAUAAAAAGUUAUCAUUGUAGAUAUUGGUAUUUAGAACAAAACAACUUCAAAUAAUCUCAUGAAACAUUUCUCAAAAAAGCAUCAAUCAAUCAUUUAUGGUAAUUACACUUUUGUUGUACAUAAUUUUUUUACUAUGAUUUAUUUUGCACUACCAGUAUGUAGCAAAAGCAACAAUUUAUUUGUAUUUUAUUUGUUUCAUAAGAUUUUAUAAUGUAUAAAGAGAACAUACAAAUAACCUCACCAGCAUCUAUGAUAAUUUCCAGUGCGAUAUUGUGUAUGUAUGUCUGCAUGUAUAGUAUGUAUUGUCCAUAUAUUGUUGCUGUUUUAUAUACUGUAUAAUCAGAUACUCCUGGUGACAUCUCAUUGAGCCACUUGCAAUCAGCUGCUUCAAUAAAGUGGAUGUCUGGCAAAAUCCAAGCUUCAAGCUAUUGGAAUGACUAAUGAUGAGUGUGGAGGUGGAACCAGGUUGAGAAGAACCAUUUGAGACAUCUCACCUGAGAUGUCAUGUGGGGCUAGAUCAGUAUUAUGAGCACCCUGCUUUAUACUAGCGGCAGGACAGACUGGAUGAGGACAGCAGACUGUUAGCAUUAGGUCUUUAUUUCUCAUGUCACUUUGAAAGCUUACCAGGAGCUUAUUUUCACCUUGGGGAGGCCAGGGAUGACACAAGCAAAGAUUAUAUACAGUACUAUAAACUGUCAGCUAUGAUAAAGGAAACCAAAUGUACACAUUUUUCCAAUACUGUCUGUAGCAUAUGUUUACUAUAAGUUAUAACAGCCAGAGGCAGGUGAUCAUAGCCAGAACGCGUUCCUUAAACCCAUACUUUUAACUCUUUGCAGUUACAAAAAUAUUGGAUAUUUCUCAGUUCAUUCCCUGUGUUGAUAAGUGCGCCCUGAUGCAACUCCUCAACAUUAUUGCUGCAUUAGCACAGUAGUAAAAUCUGGAACUUUAUAUAAAGUAAACAUAUAGUAAAAGAUGGCUAUUUGCAACUCCUUGUUUUUUAAUUCCUUGUACUUUAAAUACUCUACACUUUCAAAGUGCAACAACAAA